UUUGUCCGUAUGUAUUUUUUGAAUAGCCCAUACUGAAGCAGCUCAUGUUUUCCAGCUUUAAAAUUACGUGAUAAUUUAAAAUAAUGUCUGCAAAAGAAACUGGUCAUAUAGAACAGGAUGAGCUGUUUGAAAGUCUGAUUGCACAUUGUUAGGCACACUGAAAGAGGCACCUGGCGAUUCUUUCUCUAUGGCGAACUCUGCUCAGAGCGCGCUGUGAUACUCAUGAACUUGGCAGUUUUCAACUCGUUGUAUAAUUAAAUACAAAACAGUGAAGCACCAUCUUUCUGUAUUUUGUGGAAGUAUAAAUACUCCGGUAAACAUACAUAACAUUCAUAAUACUCAUACUUUGACGGUUUUUGUUUUAUUUCCCUUUAAAAACUAACAUUUCUGAAAAAAAACACUGUCUCAAGCAUAUUCAAACUGGUAGAAAAUGAAUAAAAAUAUUAAAUUAAAAUAUCUCAUUUGAUAUUAACAGCUGUGCGGUUGUCCAUGCCUGACUUCUACGAGAAGAUGAAGAAUAAGCUGCGUUCAGAGGCUCAGGGUGCAGACACUGUGGUGUGGCUCGCUGUCUCUGCUUCAGCUGCCACACAAGCGAGCGGGCAGUUCUAUCAGGAUCACAAGCCAGUCUCUGCACACUUACCCUUGGCCUCCACCAGAUCUUCAGCUGGGGAUGAAGAGGAACUGCUGACAGUGUUGGAACAGCUUGCCAAAAAGUUUAACCCAAAUACUACUCAAUCAUCUGAUUAAUAUUCACAUUCUGAAAUGAUUAAUACUGUAUAUUUUUAAAAAUGUUUUGCAUUUUUAAACAAGUGUUUUUGGUAAACUUGUAUUGCUUUUGUAUUAUUUUUUUUUUUUAAAUAUAAAUUAAUAAA